AUGAAAAAGACUGAUGAAUUUUUAAAAUUAACUACCAAUUGUGCUCACGAAAAUGUAAUUUGUCGCGAUUGUGCUAGCAAAGAAUUGUUAAAAUCUUCAUAUAAUACAAAUGACGAUAAUAAUAUCACUUGCUUUGCACCUGGAUGUAAACAACUAAUUACUACCGCUGAUAUUAGAAGAAUUAGAGAUAGCAAUACAGAAGCUGUUGAUAAUGCUUUUCAAAG